AAAAUGCCCCAGUUUGGGCGAGUACAAGCUUCCCGGCAUAUAUUCCUUUCCCGGCAUUUUUUCUUUCGCGCCAAAUUUCCCUCCGAGUCCCGGCGUGUUCUCAGUUGAAAAUCGCAAAUCGACCUAACCCACACAACCCCCAACAACUUCCGCCAAUGCCCCAGAGAGGCCGGUGAAGAAGGCUACAUAGAACGGCGGUUUAGUAUCCAGGCUACAUACGGAAUUGAAUACAUACGCAAGUGUGGCCGCACCCAAAACUAAAGAUUGAGAUGCGUAUAAAACAAAAACGAGGCGUGAUGUCAAGAUAGUUAUGGAUUCUCUGUAUGUUAUUCUUUUCAGAUUCGCAGUUCCGUCGCAUUCUGGAUAGACAAUAUGCCUCCACGGACGGAAAAAUCCGUGACGUGUACGACGGUCGUGCAUAUAAAGAGCUGACGAAGCCGGGUGGGUUCUUGGAUCCACCUGGAAAGAACUUCACCCUAUCUGUAAAUACAGACGGGGUAUCUAUCUAUUCAUCUUCCACGAUGGGUGAACUUUGGCCAGUAUUUCUCAUUGUGAAUGAAAUUCCACCACACUUGAGGUACACUAAGAAGUACAUGGUGCUGUGCGGGUUUUGGCUUGGGACAAAGCCAAAAAUGACCACAUUUCUGAAGCCACUAAUGAUCACCCUUGACAAGAUCUACCGCCAAGGAAUAGAGGUGAAGGUCUCAUCGCACAGAACGGAGGUGGUGCGAGGUCUUUUACUGUUGGCCUGUGCGGACCUUCCAGCUAAAGCGAAGCUGGUUAAUAUGAAACAGUACAACGGAAAAUUUGGCUGUAAUGAGUGCGAGGACCCAGGAAAGACCAUUGGCCGGAACCACCUGCAUCGCAUCUGGCCAUACACCGAGUCGAUGAGACUACGAAGCCACGAAUCCAUCAAGGCGAAUGUUGUGGCAACACAGUAUUCGGAUGGUUUGCCCGUUAUGGGCAUCAUUGGGGCCUCUGUGUUCCUCAGGUAUCCGGGCUUGGAUAUGUCCAAAUCGUUUCCUGUUGAUUACAUGCAUGCCGUGCUGUCAGGCCUGGAACCGACGUUGGCGAAUAGGUGGUUUUCGUCAGAGUAUUCGUCUGAACCAUAUUACAUCGGCAAUUUCAUAUCACAUCUGAAUAAGCAGAUACUUGCUGUUAAAGUGCCAGACAGCGUCUCACACCGACCCAGAAGGAUAACAGAGAGACAUCACUGGAAAGCGAGCCAGUGGCGCACAUGGCUGCUUCAGUGUUCCCUUCCUCUGGUACGAGAAUUCCUACCGGCCGUGUACUUUGGGCACUAUUGUCUGUUGGUGUCAGCCAUCGCCACACUAGUGAGUGACGAAAUUACUGAAGAUGACCUGACGGCAGCAGAAGAACAACUGGACGCGUUCUGCAGGUCGUUCCAGACCCUGUAUGGUGAGAAGCCUCAGACAAUGAACCUGCACAAGCUGAGACAUCUCGCCAUGUAUGUGAGACUUUACGGACCGCUGUGGGUGUUCUCUCUCUUCGGCUUCGAGUCGAUGAAUGGUCAUGUGAAGCGAAUGGUUCACGGAACUACCUUCAUCGCUAACCAGAUCACAUUCACAAAGACCAUGAGUUGGGAACUUUGGAGACUUGCCCUUGCUAUGCCGAGGGAUCCGGAGAAGCCAACAGAAGUUAAGAAGCUAGCACACACACUCACCAGUGGCCACGGAAUGGCGAAGCGAAAGAAACUUGAGAGUGGCCUGUACUCCAUCGGAACCGUGAGGGAGCGACCUGUUCAAGAAGACCAUCUGCAGGCCCUAAGGUCAGCUGUGGGCCACAAUGUGAACGACAAGUGCCCAGUAUUCCAUCGGGCUGAGGUUCAUGGACAGACCAUAUACAGCAAACAGUAUGGUCGGGAGAAAGCCCGCAACAGCAGAACAGUCGAAUUCACGCAAGGCGGAUCUGUUCACUUUGGCGAAGUGCAGAUGUUCUGCUGCGUUAAUGAAGGCUAUUUUGCAGUGGUGAAAGAUCUGGUGCCAGUCGCAAACCCGUUGAUCGAUUUGGAGACUAUACAUAACCUUAUUGUCAAAGAAGCACUCCGUUCAGUUAGACGACAGCAGGUCGUUGAGAUCACUGAAACAAACACAUGUCGGGCCGUACCUAUCUCUUCCUUGAGAAGGAAGUGUGUUCUAAUGAACGUGGAAUCUGCCGGGAAUGACACAUCGAAAUUGUAUAUUGGAAGAUUUCCCAAUGUUGUUGAGCCGGAUUAGUCAUUCCCGAUGGAUUCCACUGAGCCUGACAUGUGUUUGACUCAGUGGAUAACUUUCGUUGUUUGCCUUUUGCAAUGCGACUGGAACCUAGAUCUUUCAACACUGCAAAUACUUUACUGCACUUCGUUAAAGUAAACAUAUCCGCCUUGUGUGAAUUCGGCUGUUCAUGUGUGGGCUGUUCCCCUACAUUCUUAGGAAGGAGAGGGAUAUGGUUUAGCAAUAUUUUUACUACUAGCCAACAUCUAUUGAAAUCAAAAAGGGCAGACGUCAAAGUUGUGUUGAGCAUUAGAGGGCUAAAAUGGGAUUAUACUGCCAUGUGCUUAAAAAUCAAUGAUUUUCUGCCAGUUUUUGGUCCAAUCUGACAGAAAAUGUAGGGGAUGAGCUUUCCCAUUUGGCGUAAGGACAAAUUUGAGUUGUUGGGUCCUGUGGAUAAAACGGGUCAAAGGUGAGAUUCCUUUCGUAGCGCGAGUUAAUAUUCGCGCGAGUUCGAGCGGAAUGUUCCCAUUUUGUAUUUGAAUGGUAAUAAAGUAGACUAUUGGACUUUCUGGCCGAGAAUAAUUUUUAAGAUUGAAGGACGGUUUACGGUACUUUAAUGACGACCUGUUUCAGUGAAUUGAGCAGCCCUAACUUUGAUGUCUGCCCAUAACUACCUGACCGCAUUGUAAAUACUGCUUUGAAGUUCCUUUUGUUGUAUAUACGUAUAUGUAAGGACGGGACCGCAGUGUAAACAAGGCAAGUACUAACUUUAGAGUCUAUAUAGUGAAAAACGCUUUACAUUCAGGACCGAUCUGCGACAUCUAGACUACUUGAAAAGCUUGACUAGUGAGUGAGUGCCAGUCAGAAUUAUGUAACACCACACGGUCGCCUAAGCGUCGGUCUUGAAUAAAGUAAUUGGUAGUGUACAAACAUCUGGUUAUCCUACAUCAUAUCAUUUUAACUUUGUACAGAAACAUUGUCCAUGCAAAUACGUUGGAUGUAAAUAGAUUUCAAAGUGCACAUGGGUUUGUUAUCAGAUCAAGCCUAUUAAAUAUAAGACGACAGCACUGUUAUUUUUAAUGUCGUAAAUACGACUGAGUACAUAUUAAUUUAGCUGUAAUUAAAUUAUAUGAACACGCUUGUGGAAAUUCGGUUUGAAUUCUAAUGCUGGAAAGCUUCUUAUUUACGUUAAUAAGUUUGGUGUGAAUCAUUUCAGGAAGGCCUGACGUUUAGGGGUCCAAUCUUCAAGCGCCUCCUGGUGUGUAACAUAAACAUCCAGUCUACAGUGGAUUGGAAGGCUCCUUUCGGGAAGAGACAAUCUGUCUGUUGCCCGGGUUACAUUUCGCACCCAGAUCUCGUUCGGUAAAGUGUUGGUUUUGUGUCCAGGCAGUAUAUUGACUUGCAACAUGUACACAUUCUCCUCAGCUUUCUCAAUUACGUCUUUUUGUUAAUACAGAGAUAUUAUGGAGGUCUUUGAUAAUAUUUCUGACAUCAGUAAAGAGGAACAGCGAUGUUCUGUAUGUUUUAGAAA